AUGUCUAAACAAGAAACAACCUCGUCUUCCUCAACCCCUCCCCGAGAUAUAGCAUGCGUUAACCGUUACCAACAAACCGUCGAUGCGAUUCUUUCCAGGCCCGAGUCCGUAAUCCGCGCUGCAUUACAGCAGCUGUAUCUUCGGGACACCAGGGAUAGUGAAGCUCUGCAGUCGCGCAUCUACGAGCUCGUCACCGGCGUCUCCGCAUCUGUAGAGGAGUCCAACGAAGAAAACCCACUGCCGAGUCCGACCAAGCGAAUGCGGGAGGAGACUCAGACACCGGAGGAAGCGAGAAACAAGGCCAAGAAGCCAAGGGCCUGGGAGACGAGCAUACGGGAGCCAGUGGAGUGCAUCCGCUGCACUAUGAAGCUCAACCGUCAUUCCCUUGCCUGGGAAAAAGAGGCGCUCAUGGAUCCAGAUAAGUAUAGCUCGAAAGAGUUGGACAUUGAAAUCAAUCGUAAGCUUUACGCCAAUGGAUUCAAAUGGACCUGUUGUGGACAGCCUGGCGGCGCAAGGGGGUGUGAAUGGCAUAAACACAAGGCGUACGAGAGCGAUGAUACCGACGAGACAUGGAGUUCCGAGAGCCGCGAGAGCGGCAAGAGCGGUGACGGCGACGAGGGCGGCGAGGGCGACGAGAAUGCCUGA